CGGGCCCAGACCUCGGCUCUCUCCCCCCUAGAGCUUUGCUCGCCCUGCUCUGGGCCUCCUGUGAACCUGAUUUAACAAGAGGCUGGGGGCAAUGAGAAGUUCCUUGUGACACUCUAAUCCCGACCGGCUGACUGGACCACACCCCCAGCGGAGGCAACCUCCAGAGUCCCGGACGAUUCAGGGACUGGGUGGCCCCAAGGAGGAGCUGCUGACCUGGCAGGAGACUCCGGUGAGAACACAAAGCCUGCAAGCGGAAGUGGAACCCAGCCUUGACUGCCUGUCCCAGGGAAGGCCUGCGGGAGACGCCAGCACAGAGGAAGCACAGCCCUUCUGCCCAGGACUUGGAGGCUCCCGGACGCAGCAUGUCAGAGGGGGUGGGCACGUUCCGCAUGGUCCCUGAAGAGGAGCAGGAGCUCCGGGCCCAACUGGAGCAGCUCACAACCAAGGACCAUGGGCCUGUCUUUGGUCCAUGCAGCCAGCUGCCCCGUCACACCUUGCAGAAGGCCAAGGAUGAGUUGAACGAGAAGGAGGAGACUCGGGAGGAGGCAGUGCGAGAGCUGCAGGAGCUGGUGCAGGCGCAGGCGGCCUCUGGCGAGGAGCUGGCCCUGGCCGUGGCCGACAGGGUGCGGAGCCGCGACAGCGCCUUCCUCCUGCGCUUCAUCCGUGCGCGAAAGUUCAACGUGGGCCGCGCCUAUGAGCUGCUCAAAGGUUACGUGAACUUCCGGCUGCAGUAUCCUGAGCUCUUCGAGAGCCUGUCCCUGGAUGCUGUGCGCUGUACCAUUGAGGCUGGCUACCCCGGGGUCCUCUCUCGUCGGGACAAGUAUGGCCGAGUAGUCAUGCUCUUCAACAUUGAGAACUGGCACUGUGAAGAGAUCACCUUCGAUGAGAUCUUGCAGGCAUAUUGUUUCAUCCUGGAGAAGCUACUGGAGAACGAGGAAACCCAAAUUAAUGGGUUCUGCAUCAUUGAGAACUUCAAGGGCUUUACCAUGCAGCAGGCUGCGGGGCUCCGGGCUGCAGAUCUCAGGAAGAUGGUGGACAUGCUGCAGGACUCCUUCCCAGCCCGGUUCAAAGCCAUCCACUUCAUCCACCAGCCGUGGUACUUCACCACCACCUACAACGUGGUCAAGCCCUUCCUGAAGAGCAAGCUGCUCCAGAGGGUCUAUGUGCACGGAGAUGACCUGUCUGGCUUCUUCCAGGAGAUCGACGAGAACAUCCUGCCCGCCGACUUCGGGGGCACCCUGCCCAAGUAUGAUGGCAAGGCUGUGGCGGAGCAGCUCUUCGGCCCCCGGGCCCCACCUGAGCACACAGCCUUGUGAGAAUGUCUCGGCCAUGUCUGAGCUGUAGUUAGCAUCCCUGAGCCUUCUCCUCAGCUGUCCUGGGCCCAAGGCUGGGAAGAGAGCUGCUUGAGGUGACUGCCAGACCUCCCUAAGCUAGGCUGAGCCCAGGGGUCGCCUUCCUCCCAUGCUGGGGGAGGGGCAAUAAAGCAGAAUCCCCUGGCUGGAAGAAGAAUCCGGGGUAGUUGUAGCUCCGUCUGUCUCUGCAGCUGUAGGACAGUGACAGGCGUAUGCUUGAAUUUCAAAGACCAAUUAGGCUUCUGAGUAACAGAUUUUUGCUAUGUAGGGGCUGUGAUAAUAGGCAGGGAGGCCGGGUUAAAGCCCCACCCCAACGCAAUAAAAAAGAAAUACAAGAGGGGGAUAUAAGUUCCAACAAUUCGAUUCGGCAGACACAGUAAUGCCGGCAGCCUGCAGGCACACCCAGGGGUUUUCCACAUAGAAUUCCUGUCGCGUGGCCUGCUCCGGUUGGGCACCUACAGUCUCCUGCAUGCGGUGAUGGUCAGGAGCUUAGCCCUUUCCCCAGGGCAGCCGUCGUGUCCCCUCCUGUCUGUCGGGGGAGUUUCUCGGCCAAAGCUCUCUGCUCUGCACCCCUUGCCUCGAUGGGUGGCUUUGUUCAUUGGCAGGUGAUGUCUUCUCAGAGCACCUCUGGUCCUCCAGCUAUACAGUUAAAGCUCUUUGUUUCCAGGCUCAGGUCACUGAUAAUGAUGAACUUGCACUUUUCCAGAUCUGCAUAUUGUUGACAAAUACAAAUGCUUUCCUUC